ACGCAAAAUUUUCAUCAGCGUAAAAGUAGUAAAAAAAUUUACGCUUAAUUUCAACAACCAAAUUCGGCAUGAGAGCCUGACUCAAGAGAAUUUCGUACAAGAUCUUCUAUUAAAGAGACAAUGGGGACAGUGCUCGCGAAGGAGCCACAGGCGCCUCGCGAGUUUGGAACAACAUCACAUAAUCGAACUGAUCAAAAACGAGAAGAUUAUAGAAAAGACUAUGAACAUUCAGCUUAUUAUGAUCAAGAACGUGAUGCAUUACCAAGAAAACCAACGUUGGAUGAACGUAAGCCAGUAAACCUUCAAAGAGUCAGGGCCCGAGUGGAUAAAGUGCACAUAGAUGGUCUGGUCAGAACAAAAGAUGACAUCGUCAAAGCACAGGUGACAGAGAUGUUCAAAGCUAAGGAUUUCCAAGAUGUUAUUGUCCGAGCGCAUAAGGUUCGCGGAAAACUUGAUGCUCUUGGCUGUUUUGGGAAUAUUGGAGUUUACAUUGAUACUAGCAAAGGCUCUGAUGCAACUCCUGAAGGUGUUGAGGUAACAUUUACUGUGAGUGAAAUGAAGCGUAUAAUGGGAGGUAUUAACACAAUGGUUGGUAACAAUGAAGGCUCCAUUAUUAUCGGUGCAAGAGCACCGAACAUUUUUGGCAGAGGUGAAAGACUACAAAUGGAAUACUCAUAUGGCAAUAAAAGUUCAACAAAUGUCAGUGUAUCUGCAGUAAAACCAUUCGUCGACAGUUGGCUACACAAAGUUCUGACGGCAUCAGUAUUCAGUACCACAAACGACCUGCCUUGGUCUGGAUACAAACAAUGUGACACAGGGUUUCUGCUGGAUUUAGCACUCAAUCGAGGUGGUACAGGUACCUUGAAACAUAAUUUGCAAUACGAGGGAACUUACAGAAACAUUAGUGCCUCGAAGCAAGUCACAUUUCGUGUUAGAGAACAAUCGGGACCAAGCCUUAAAUCGGCACUGAGGUAUAUUGGUUGCAUAGACAAGAGGGAUAGUCUCAUAUUUCCAACGACUGGCUCUCUUAUUCAGUUCACUACUGAAGUAGCUGGCCUUGGCGGAAACAUUGGUUUUAUUAAAAACGAAUUUGUCAUGCAGAGCAAUUGGUCGCCGCAUGAAUUUGCUACCUUCCAAUUGGGGUUCCAGUCUGGAUUGCUUCAAGGAAUUAGUAAUGACAUGCAAAUAAGCAUUUGCGAUAACUUUUUCCUAGGAGGUCCAUUAAAUCUCAGGGGAUUCGAUAUGAGAGGGUGUGGGCCUCGUUGUGAAGGCAAUUCUAUCGGUGGUGAUGUUUACUGGGCUCUGGCCCUCCAUCUUUAUACCCCACUACCAUUCAGGCCUGGCAGAAAUAGUUUUGGUGAUCUGUUCAGGCUACAUGGUUUUAUCAAUGGUGGUAAUUUAACUAACUGUAGCUUCAAAUUUGAUCGCGACUUGACAGAGAAUCUGAAGAUCUUCACAAACAAUGUCCGAUGUACAACGGGUGCCGGAAUUGCGAUGAAACUGGGAAAUGUGGCUCGAGUUGAAUUAAAUUUAAUCAUGCCCUUAUUGUUUGUUCGGAGUGACGUACUACAGCAGUUCCAACUUGGAAUCGGAUUGCAAUAUCUUUAGAUGUUAUAAGUAGAAAAUUAAAGCCUCUGUGUUCUAAUACUGCAAAUAGAGUUGCGAAUUGUUAAUAAUAUAUAGCAUUUAAACUCCCCAAAUGCAACUUCUGUAUUUACGUCAAUCAUGAGGCGAAUCAUCGUAACAUACUACAUAGUGUAACUUUACCGAUCCUCAAGUUUUCCACAAUUCUGUCUGUAUAGUUUUUAAAAUACACAUGCUAUAGUUAUUGAAA